CCAUGUGUUUUUUUUUGUUGUUUUACAGACACACCACUCCCCAGCCAGCAAAGCCAGGUGAGUCCCAUAUGGUUUAAAAGUGGGCAGAAGAUGUUCCUUUUAACCCUGACAGGCUCCAUGGUGAAAACCUUUGGGGAGUGUCGGAGGUUUACAAGGUACCCAAACCCUAAAUAAACUCUUUUUGGCUCUUUACAUAUACAAAUGGGACUUUAAAAGUACUGCCUUUUUGCUUUUUGACUCAUUCAAAUAAAGAAUAUGUUGAGUGGGACAACCCACUCUACAUAUUGAAGACCCAGUAUAUGGUACAUAACCCAACAGUCAAUCAUAGAUCUAAGCCACACCUCUGCUGCUCAGUCUGGCUCCACAAGCCCCGCCCCCUUUUUUGGCGUUUUUCAAAUAUGGGCUGAGAAUGGAAUAAGCUUCCAACUGCACUUUAUUAAACAUUGCAGUUAUUAAAUUAGCCUGUUUCGCUCAUGGAGUGUACAUUGUCCCAAGAGGCUAAGAAUCUCUUUUGACGUUUUUUAGGUUUUGAUUGAUUUCUAUGUUCUGGCUGUCUGUGUCUGAACUGACUUGUAGAUCAUCAGAUGAUUCAGAACUAGGUGUAGCAGUCAAGGCCCCCGAAUGGAACAAUUUUUGUUUCCAGACCCUGGAACAAGAAUUUACUCCCUAAGUAACUGACUAAUUAAAGUGUCGACUCCCCCUCCCCUCCAAGAAACCAUUUGUCUUAAAACCCUGGAAGAUAACAUUCACAUCCCGGUACAGGUGUCAUAAAACUCCUCUCUGGAGAGCAGGAGGGCUGCAUCUGGAGCCAUAUCUGAUGGUCGGGUGAUGGUACUGCAUGUAGCGGAAGAAACAUCCCACUUUCUUCACAAAGCUCUCUUUGAAGCUAAUCAACAAAAUUUACAAUCGUUGACAUGUGACAUUUUGCAGGUUUCCUGAAAGCGAUGGGAAACUUCGCUGCCAUAUAUAUAUAAAAAAAAACAACUUUGAAGUGCACCAAAUGUUUGUCAAACAUGCAUUCCUAGUUUCUUUGUUUCAAGUUAAAUACACUCAUAUUUGUUGUUUUAAGUGUGAAUUUACCUAAAAGUGAUGCAUGUUUAUGUGAAAUAGGGUUAAGAUAAAGAGUUUCUCUCUUUCUUCCUUUUCUUUUAUUUUGGUUUCAUAUAUGUUUUUUUUUUAUUAUUAAAUUCUUUUUAUAUAUAUCCUCUUUUAAAUGUGAUAUCAACUUACUAGUCACGUGUUAGAAUGAGACAUUCUUAUAAAAAGGGUAUAAUGUUUCUUUUAUUUUUCUUGUUAAGAAGUGUUUUUCUUUAAGACCUCAUAUCUGCACCAAAGACACAGGAUCAGGUAACAUGAGAUCAUUUAAAUUAGGAAAGGUCAUAAAUUUUACUCCAAUCAAUCUGAUUGGUUACCUCUCACCCAAUCCCUGUGAAGGAAUCUUCUCUCAGGGCCGAAAGAAGUUAGUUAGAACAUAUGCACACAGAAUGAGGAGAAGAAUAGAUGAAGAUCAGAUGAAGAACAGAUGAAGAGUAGAAGAAGACAUGCUACAACAGACAAUCUAGAGACUCAGAUGUCAGACGAAGAACUUAGAACAAAGGAGAAAACUUUAAACAUUUUAGAAGUUUCGAGAGGAGAAAACUUCUGCGUAUGCUUAGAGUUUUUGUGCAACAUUUUUCUCCGAUUAAUUUCGUAAAUAGAACUUUCAAGUCAUUUUAACUUUCGUAUAGAGUCUAAUUUUUCUUUUUCUCUAAUUCUUAGCGACCAAAUAAUUAAUACGUUUUUUAGCCCGGCCAGCUUUGAAACUUUUAAUAUUGGUUGCUACCUUUUUUUCUUUUUGUGGAUAAUCUACCCUCGACCACCUGAGACGAAGCUAACAGAACUUGAGCAGAACCGAACCUUCCUGUGGGUCAAGAUUCAUCUCCUGCACCUGGCUGGGGUCUCGGACAGAUUCACACCUCGGAGCUCUCCAACGAACGGGGAUCUCCACCUGGGUUCGUUGGAUCCAACGGUACCAGACCUUCAGACCGCGGCACUCAAACCUCCAGCUCGGACAUGGCGGCUCCCAGCACAUCGCACUCGAGUUCAUCUCCCAGCCUGGCCUUAGAGGAUUACUCUCUCUACAGUAAUCUAAGUGAUGACGAAUUGCUGCAGCUUGCCAUUGAACGCAGCCUGAGCGACAUGCAAUGCUCCCCCACUGCCACUCCACAGCCCCCCCACAGCCAUGACGGCAUACACAGCGGUGCAGACAGAAAAUUGGACCAUCCCAGCCACACUCCCCACAAUCCACCAAACUGUAGCUUCCAUGAUCCUCAAGCAGCCCAAACCCCAGCACACUACAGCUCUCCCAACCCACCGAACGAGAAGCCUCCUGAUUUGAAAACCUUUGAUGGGACUGUCAGCCGAUUCCUGACUGGAUCUGGAAAGAGAAUGGUGGCGUACCGCAAAUCCGAUGGUAGUGUGGUCCAUAUUGCUCCAGAGCCUGAUGAAGAGGAGGAACCUCUGUUCAGUGCAAUCCGUGAAGGAAAUGUGAGCAAAGUGAGGGCACUGGUAAUGUGUCCAGAAGUUAACCUGAUGCUUCCCAGCAAACCCGGCUGGUUGGCAGUUCACCAGGCUGCGUGGUUCGGCCAAGACUCCUGUUUGCAGAUGCUCCUGACAGCUCAGCCAGGGAUGAUCAACAAGAGGACGUCACGUGGAGAGAGUCCCCUGCUGAUCGCAGUCAGCAGAAAUCACCUCCGAUGUGUUGAAGUUCUGCUUGAAGAAGGAGCUGAAAUCGACAUGCCUAACUCAGAUAGAGAGACUCCACUCUACAAAGCAUGUGAGAAGAGCAACCCUGCGAUAGUGGCCACCUUGCUAAACCAUGGAGCGGCAGUGAACACUCUCUGCAUUCAGGGUUGGACAGCUCUUCAGGAAGCGGUGGUCCGAAACAACGUGGAGAUUUGUGAGAUGCUCAUGAUGGCUGGAGCCAAACACAACCUUCGCAACAUCUACGGCAUCACACCACUGUUCACAGCAGCUCAGACCGGGCAGCUGGCCACAUUGCGCUUCCUCCUCAAACACGGUGCAGACAUCAACACACAGGCAGCAGAUGGGGCCACAGCUCUUUAUGAAGCUGCAAAGAAUGGACAUCAGCAAAUAGUUGAGCUCCUUCUGUCACAAAACGCUGAUGCCAACAAGCCGGGGAAGAAAGGACUAUUACCAAUUCACAUCGCUACUCAAAAGGGGUAUACAAAGAUUGUCACCAUGUUGAUACCAGUCACCAGUAAGACAAGAGUUCGUCGGACUGGGAUCAGCCCACUGCACCUGGCAGCAGAGUACAACCGUGACAACAUACUGGUCAUGCUGAUCAACGCAGGCUUUGAGGUCAAUGCUCAGCUGUCUGUGGAGCGGUCCCAGCUGUAUGAGGAUCGCCGCAGCACGGCCCUAUACUUCUCUGUCAUCAACAACAACAUUGAUGCUGUGCAGACACUGCUGGCUAAUGGUGCUGACCCAAACCUGGAUGUGUUUAGGCCUCUUAUGGUGGCCGCCAGGCAAGGCUGCAUACAGACCAUCACCCUGCUUGUGGAGCACGGUGCCGACAUUAAUGCCAGUAUCCCCACCCACCCCACUACCUUCCCUGCUGUCUUCAUGUUUUCUAUGAAGUACCUUCCAAUGUUCAAGUACCUGCUGGACCACGGAGGUGAUGCUCAGUCCUGUUUCAACUGUAUGUACGGCAGCCAGCCUCAUCCUGCUCUUAAAACCACCAGAUCAGACGGGAACGUGCUACACAGCCAACACCUACCAGAGACAAACCAAACGAAAGGAGUUCAGUUCUGUGAGAUGAUCUCUGCUCCAAGCAUCUCCCGGUGGGCAGGGCCAAUCAUUGACAUCUUACUGGAUUACGUUGGUGAUGUGUCUCUUUGCUCCAGACUGAUGGAGCACCUGGACAGCUACUCUGAAUGGAGCAACAUCAAAGACAAAGCAGCCCCCCCACGCCCAUUGUUGCAGCUUUGCAGAAUGCGGAUUGUACAGAUGGUCGGACACUGGCAGCUGAAGAGGUUACCGCUUCCUGGAAGUCUAAUAUCCUUCCUUCAGCACCAGGAGAGGUGUCUGGAUGACUGAUAAUCAUCCUCCAGUUGGAUUGCAGGGAGAGGAACUGGAAGGGUGUGAUGCAUGGAUGCUGCUGCUGCGGAUGAGGAUGAUCAGCCUCAAGCUCGCCUCUGUUGUACUCUAACAGACUAAUUGACAUCCUUCUGGAACUCUCUCUUUGACUUGUUUAAUGUUUGCACCAUUAAAAAGUUCUCCUUGUCCUGUUGGAUAGACCAUCUUAUCUGAGUUGUUGACACUCAGAGAGGGGUCUACUGCAACGUGAAGCAGGUGGGGUGACGGUUUGUCCUACUGUGACCAUUCUGCUGUCUGAAGCUGGCUUCCUGUUUGUGACUUUGACCUGGAAAAGAGCUUUGUCAAAAGAGUUGUUUUUGAAAACGGCAUCCGGUGGGUUUUCUCAGAGGACUCUGGCUUCAUCCCACUGUCCAAAAACAUGUUUCAUAGGUUAAUUGGUUACUUUAAAUUGCUCUUAGGUGUGAAUGUGGAUCUGUGACAGACUGGCGACCUGUCCAGGGUGUAUCCUGCCUUCACCCAGCCUUGUGACCCCAAAGGGGUCAAAGCGGUUUAGAAAAUGGAUGGGCUGAACAGAUUUAAGAGUGGCAAUGCGGUGUUUGUAUCUGCCUUUAAAUUUAGUCUCUAAAUUUGUAAAAGGCUCUUACAUGAUCCCAUCUCAUCCUACUCUCCCACCGUCCACAGAGCUGAUGCUAGAAGGUAAAUAUCAACCUGUAUUCCUGCUUCACCUGAACUGACGACUAACUUAAAUUAUGUCUCAUAACAGCAAUAAACACACCAGCAAUGUCAAAAUAUAGAAGUAUUUUCAUUGAAUUUGGAACAACAUACAAGUCAGAGAAGAAGGAAACUAUUAUCAGUAUAGAUGUAAAAGAUAUUAGAAACCUAUCGAAAAAUCGAUUGGGCAACUGCAGUAUCGUUUGAAAACCACAUGUAUGAACAAGAUAUGUUGGCUAUAAGAUAGUUCUGUUUUUUUCUACCAUCUUUGUCUUUUUAUGUACAUCCAAUGCAAACAAAAAGACAUUCAACUGUAAGCCUGCUUCUUCCAAGUCAAUAUGAAUACAUUUCUCUAUCAAAUGCCAUGCAUUUUUAUAGCUUUAAAUCCCUUAUGAAUAGGAAAUAUCUAGAUUUUAGCAUUUUUGAUAAAAUAAUUGGACUUUAUCGUAUCGCCUAAAAGUUAGUUUGCUAAAGUAUUUAGCAACAUGCUAACGUUUUUGGUUAAUUCAGAGUUUAGCUUCUAUUUUAGCAACAAGCUAACGUUUUUAAUUUAGUUUAUUCAGAAAUUUUAGGCUAUUUUUUGAGUUUAUCCAGAAUUAAGGCAAUGAGUUUGCUUUAUAUGGCGUUUUUUGGGCUAAUUUGGAACAUAUCUCAUAUUUAAAAUAAAUAUUUUUUUUAAAAUUGGUGUGAGACUUUUGAGCAUGCAAUUUUACCACAAAAUUUUCAGAAAUUUAGGUCAACUUCCACUCUCAACAAAAUUUCCAGUCUUUUAGCAAAUGUAAUAUUCAGCAAAUCCCUUCAGAAAUUAAAGUAAUCUGCGUCACCAUUUUCAGCAAAAAGCUUCAGCAGCUAAUUUUGUUGCAUUGUGACAUUGUUGACGUUCGUGUGUGUUUUUCAAGUCGGACAGGCAUUUUUUCGAUUAUUUUUAACACUACAUGAACACAGCAUUUCUGUAAGUUUGCAUUUUCCCCCCAGGGGA